AUGAGUACUGUUCUGUAGGACUGUAAAAAUUCUGCAAAUUAUGUUUUAAGUAUUUAGGAAAUGUAUACCUACAUUGUAUUUACAGUAUUUUACUAUUUGUUUGGCAGAACUGAAAGAUUACCAACACAAGGUGGUCGGGAACGUGUUAUGUCUCCUGAACAGGAAACUGAAAUCAUAAACAUGGUCCUAGAAAACAACGCCAUAACAUUACGGCAAAUACAAAGAAAAAUAAUAGAAAACAAUGACAUGUUUCAAAAUAUUGAUAGGGUAAGCUUAUCAACACUUGACCGUGCCUUGCGCAGAAAUCAUCUCAGGAUGAAGCAGGUCUACAGAGUGCCAUUUGAACGCAAUUCAGAGAGAGUCAAAGAAUUGCGAUAUAACUAUGUGCAAAGAGUCCUUGAGGUAGAGGUGGCUGCAGUGGAGCACCAGUUCAUCUUCAUUGAUGAGGUUGGGUUCAACCUCACAAAAAGACGAAAGAGGGGAAGGAAUAUCAUCGGCCAGCGUGCCAUUGUUGAAGUCCCUGGCCAGCGCGGAGGGAACAUCACAAUGUGUGCAGCGAUUACCCACCACGGCGUCAUCCAUCACCAUGCUACCCUUGGCCCCUACAACACCGCCCAUCUGAUCACAUUCCUUGACACCCUACACAACACACUCAUUCCACCAGAUCAGGUAGAUGGCCCAGAGCAGCUCAGGUACGUUGUUAUUUGGGACAACGUAAGUUUCCACAGGGCUGCUCUGGUUCGUAACUGGUUCACUGCCCACCCACGCUUUUUAGUUGCUUAUCUCCCUCCAUAUUCUCCAUUCCUCAAUCCUAUUGAGGAAUUUUUUUCUGCCUGGAGAUGGAAAGUGUAUGACCGAAAUCCACAAACGCGUAUACCUCUUCUCCAAGCAAUGGAGGACGCAUGUGGAGAUAUAGCAGCUGAUGCUUUCCAUGGCUGGAAUCGCCAUGCUAGGCGAUAUUUCCCCCGCUGCUUGGCCAGGGAAAACAUUGCUUGUGAUGUGGAUGAGGUGCUGUGGCCAGACCGCAACAGAAGAGAGGAUCCAGCAUAG